AUGGGCGGACCGGAGCGCAUGGCCAUGAAUAUCGCCAUCAUGGGCGUAACAGGUGCUGGCAAGAGCACGUUUGUGAAAGCAGCGAGCGAACUACCAACAGUUGGCAUUGGACACGAUCUGCACUCGUUCACCGAAACCGUGGAUUCGUACACCUUUGAGUAUCGAGACAUGGACAUAACCCUCAUCGACACGCCCGGCUUCAACGAUACCGAGCUCAACGAGAGCGACGUACUAAAAGCGAUCGCUGACUGGCUGGACUUCAACUACAGGAAUGACCGUCAGAAGCUCAACGGGAUCAUAUAUUUGCAAUCGAUCAUGGACCCUCGUAUGACUGGAUCUUCGCUGCGGAACCUGAAGAUGUUCAAAGAUCUAUGUGGUUUAGAUCCCUUGCGAAAUGUGCUUCUUGUCACCACUCGUUGGGGCAUGGCCGCCAAGGCCAAUGAACAGGCACUGGCAGAGAGUCGCGAAGAACAGUAUGCCGCAAAUCCCAUGUAUUGGGCGAAAAUGAUCGAAGCUGGUGCCCGGAUGGACCGCUUUGAAGACACACAGGAGUCUGCAAUGCGUAUCUUGAUGCGCCUCCGACACUCCGACCCAGUGCCGCUUCAGAUCCAGUCCGAAAUGGUGGACCAGGACAAACAGCUUGCCCAGACAUCUGCUGGCAUCACUGUCAACGAGGAGAUCAUCGCGCUGGAACAGAAGUACAAGCAUGAAAUGGCAGAGCUGCAGAAAGAAAUGGAAGAUGCACGCAAAGAUCAAGACAAACGGCUUGAAGACGCACUUGCGGAUGCUCGACAAGAAGCCCGUGAUAAGCUCGAGCGUGUUUACCAACAGCAAGACGCUCUCCACUACGAGCGACGAGCGGCAGACCGUCGCCUCGAGGAUGAGAUGGAAGAUCUCCGCGACGUGAACAAGAAGUUGAUGAAGUUCCUCGAACAGAACGGUGCGCGUGACUUCGACGAGACCGUUGCAAAACUGGAAGCUAACGGUGGGAAGCUGAGGCGCGAGCAGCGAGAAGCUGUGCAGCGCGAGAUCAACGUGCUCAAAAAGAAGCCGAAGAGACAGCGAACGGUCAUAAAGCUGAUGCUGGCGAUUUUACCAGUACUGGGAUCGGUCGCCUUCGCGUUGAUAGGAAUACCAAUAGCGCCGGGUGUUUUCGGCGGCUUGUUGGGCAGCUUCAUGGGAGGUAAUCAGGAUGAUACAGCUGAUGGGAAUGGCGAUACUGCUGCCGUCGAUGCAGGUGGGGAAUAA